GACCAAUACCUGGAAAAAUAAAAUAAAUUUUAAAAAAUCACGAUGGAUUUAAAUGACAAGCAGUUGUAAACAAAACACGGAGGUCGCGAAUUGGGGCUUUUAUUUUGAAAACCCACCCGGAAACCGUUCUUUUGUUUACUCAAAUUAAGCAGGAGGAUGGUUUGGUUUGGUUCUCUGGUCUAAAACAGCCCAAAAAACGCCAAAGUCUGCAGCUGUAAAGAUGUCCAGACUCCAGAGUCUGAAGGUCUUCGUCAGCCAGCGGCUGUCCGCGGCCGUGGAGGAAAUCCUGGGACAUCUGGAGGAGACGAUCCUGGAGUACGAAGAGGAGACGGAGCGACGCCAUCGAGACUUUCUGGAUGUGAUUUUAACGGCUGAAAUGAAGCAUCGCAAAGCAGGUCGUUCAGAUGUCCAGCAGAUGUUGAUGAAGCUUCACUCUGAGCAGCAGCAGCUGGAGAAAAGCUCCACAGUCGACCAGGAGGAACCAAAGAGCCUCCAGUUUAAAAAGGAACAAGAGGAAGUUGAAACCACCAACAUGUUUAGUGGUUCUGUCCAUGUGAAGACAGAAGAACAGGAGGUGGAAGCUCAGUCUUCUGAGCUUCAUGACAGCCAGACUGAAGAAAUCGUAAUCAUUCUGGAGGAAGACGACAGUGGAGAACCUGAGACUGGUAUUGGUUACACUAAUCCAGACUUGAUGGCACCAAAAACUGACCCUGGAGAUGAGGAGUGUGAUGUAAUCCAGGAUCAUGAAAAUCCUCUGAACGACAUUGGGUCUAAUGUUCUGAACUCAUUCCGAUGCUCUGAAUGUGGGAAAAGAUUCGGGUCCCUGAGCUAUCUGAAGCUGCACAUCAGAUGCCACACAGGAGACAGACCUUUCCGGUGUCCGGUUUGCAGGAAGUGCUUCUCGUGGAGAGGACGUCUCCAGAAGCAUAUGAGAAUCCACACAGGGGAGAAACCUUUCAGGUGCUCGGUGUGCGGAAGAAGGUUCAGCGAGAGCGGCAACCUUAAGGUCCACAUGAGAAUUCACACAGGAGAGAAACCCUUCAGCUGCACCAUUUGUGGAAAGAGCUAUGCACAACGAGGGAAUCUGAACAUGCACAUGGCUGUUCACAAAGGUGACAGCAUAAUCAAAUGCAGUCUUCAUCACUCACAGCAGCUUCAUCAUCACAGCCAGGCAGGGGCUAACAGAAACUUUGUGAAAGGACAAGAAUUAGCCCCUCAAGAGAAUUUAAAAGCAGGACCUAUUCUCAAAGUUGAUGAAAGUGGAUGUGGUAAAGUCCAUGUAAACUGUACAGGAUGUUCUACCUGUAAGAAACCUCUCAAUUGCUCUGUGUGUGGGAAAAGAUUUGGCUUUAAAGGACAACUGAAGGCUCACAUGAGAUGUCACACGGGGGAAAAGCCCUAUAAGUGCCCCAUCUGCUGGAAGUGUUUCUCGUGGAACGGCUGCUUGCAGAAACAUGUGAAGAUCCACACGGGUGAGAAACCCUAUGAGUGCACUGUGUGUGGGAAAGGUUUUAUUGAAAGUGGGAACCUAAAAGUUCACAUGCGGAUUCAUACAGGAGAAAAGCCCUUCAGCUGUCCGGUGUGUGGGAGAAGAUACAGACAGAAAGGAGGUCUGACUAAACAUCUGGAAGUCCAUCAAGACCACAAAUGAGUUCUAGAUGACAAACUUUACAUGAAAUCGGAUGCAUCUUAUUUACAGCUGUUAAACCUCAUACUUUAUUGAAUAUUUGUGAACAUUUUCUCUAAUUCCUAAUCCUGUAGAAUAUUAUCCUAUUUAACCCAAAUAACCUUUUUUCUACUAUGGUACUCGACUCAUUGUCUUCAGUUCUUUAACUGCAAAUAAGUCUAGGAAAUGCUAAAAACCUUGAACUGUGAUGGGUAUUAAAAUAAUUGGUGCAUUUUAAAUAAAAUAAAUAUGGAUGCAAAUCAUGAAGCAGUGCAAUCGGCCUCAUUUUUUCUGAACCCCAUGCAAGAAGAGGAUUGAACUAAACUCAAACGAACCCAAGGCAUGCAUCAGAUCCAAUAGCAGCAGCAUUUAUGCAUCUCUUUUGCAGAUACAGACAUAAUCAAAGCUCCAGGCUCCUGACUUGAAGAACAUCUAACUGGAAGAAUUGUGUGUAGAUGUUUUCGAGGCACUGAAGCAGAAUGGAGUGGACCCAACACAUCAUGUCCUGAUCUAAAUACUGUAGAUUCAAGAAAAGAUUAGAAACAGUCAUUGACGUCUAGUCUGGGAUCCCACUUCCAUUCUUCCCAGCAGUGGUCAGCCUAACAAAAUUACUCCAAAAGCACAUUGACGGCUCAUCCAGGAUUGGCUUAAAGAUAAAAGGUAACGACUGAUGUUAAAACUGUAUCAGAUUGUAAAACGAUCAUGUGGGGUCCAUACAAAUAUGUCCUGAACUAAUUUGUGACAUGAGAAUAAAUAAACAUUUGCCUGAUCAGAUCCUGUUAGCUUCACUUGAAAUGUAAGGGUUUUUUUUAAAAAUGUUGAUCAACAGAUGUUAAUUUAUCGGAGUUUCACAAUUAUAAUACUCUUUAAUCACAGUUCUGCUUCAAAUAAAGAACUUCAUGUUUACUAGAUUAAUUAAUAAUUUACAGGUCUGUAUUGCCUUCAUGAACAGUGAU